AGUCCUCUGCGUCCUGCCUCACACUCACCAACGGCCAGGAUGGCAUCCUGUCUGGCCCUGCGCUUGGCGCUGCUGCUUGUCUCAGGGGUCCUGGCCCCAGUGGUGCUCACAGCUGAGGGUCCACAGGAGGCCGACCCCACCCUGUGGAAUGAGCCUGCCGAGCUGCCUUCGGGAGAAGGCCCCGUGGAGAGCACCAGCUCCAGCCAGGAGCCUGCGGCCACCGGUCAGCCCAUCCCCACCUCCGAGCCCGGCCCAGAGGACAGCACCGCGCGGGAGCGACUGGACCAGGGCGGCGGUUCGCUGGGGCCCGGCGCCAUCGCGGCCAUCGUGAUCGCUGCCCUGCUGGCCACUUGCGUGGUGCUGGCGCUCGUGGUCGUCGCGCUGAGAAAGUUUUCCGCUUCUUGAAGCAAAUAAAGGAGCCGCGCCUGCCCGCGGCGCGACUCG